ACUGUCCAGACAUCUUGGCGACCUCAGCUGCCGUUACCCAAAGAACUUGACAACUCCACCGAUGAGCCAGACGACUCAAACGUUGACGCCGUCGACAUGGAGCGCUCACAAAUAGCUCACAACGCAACGUCGUCACACGCCAACAGCCGAAAAGACAAUUCCCUAAGCGCCUCACAAGCGUCCACGAAUCAUACGUCAGCCAGCAGCGCUUCGAAUAAGAAGUGGUCCUUUGGGCGCCUCUUUCGCCGGAAGAAAGAUAUUGCCUCGGAUUCAUCGUCUGAAGAGGAUCGCAAAGCUGGCUUUGUACCCACCCAAAGAAAUGCACGCCAUGCCACCACCAGCAGCGGUGGCGGCGGCUGCGGCAGUAGUGCCAAUUUGAAAUACAAAAUCGAGAUAAAUCUGAGUAAAGUUAGUCGUAGCAGCAAGUUGAAUGGCGCCAGCUUCGAUCACAUCGUCAUCAAUCCGCAGACAGGCGCUCUAAUAGCACCACCACAUCCACCGCAACCACAGCAUGUGGAUCAUGAAUUCUUUUUACCCGUGGAGACCAUUUCACCCACGGAGGCUUACUAUCAGAAUCAGCAACAACAACAACAGUACCUCCCGCAUGCCGGCGCGAUCCAGCAUUGCAGCUAUAUGCGAUCCUCAAACUCGUUGGAUCGACGCGCUGCGCGUGCCGCGCUAAAAACACGUUCCGCGCAACGUUUGCCACACGAAGCGCUUGGCGCGCAUUCAUCCAGCGAGGAAGAGUUGAUUUCGUUGAACUCCUCAACUUUUUCAAAUAUCGCUAGUGAUGAGAGCAUUCAUAGUGGUGGAAUGGGUGCCGCCAAUAAUGCGCAGAGCAGGCGUAGUCGCGCCGCGCGCAAUGAGCGCUACUAUAAACGACUGUCGCGUGAUGGCGAGCCGAGCAGCGGCCAGGUGCCAGUCAUGUAUGCGCCACAGCCAACACAACGCUGGAAGACGCAACCAGUGCCGCUCUCUAUUUACAAUCCAUCAGCGCAAGCGACGCCAUCUAGCGCUGCUGCCCAGCCGCGCUUAAGAAAUACAAGUAGCCUGCAACAUGUCGCGCCCUAUGUGCAGUGGGGUCAACUACAGCAGCAACUGCAGCCAAAGAAUUUGCAGAAUAGCGUUAAUGAUAGCAAGCGCAGCAUCAGCUAUGACAGUCACAUACAUUUACAGAAUAUCAAUGGGCUGCAGACAAAACCGUUGCCACCACCGCCGCCACCACGUGAUCCACCGCGCGUAAAUGUCAGCGGACAGUUGCAGAAUGGCAGCGCUGGUGAUUUGCGCCCCAUUUCGUACGCCUUCGAUCAGAGCGGGCUACCGGCGCUGCCCACUGCUACGCACCGUCUGAGUGGGCGUUGUGUAUCAGAUGAUAAGAUUUGGUCGGGACCUGCGGGUCCUCAUUACCAGUCGGUGCAUUCGCUGAAUACGCCGCCAGCUGUGGCGCCAUUUGCGCCCAGUAAUACGCCACACCACCGGCGCUUCAUUACGCGCGCUGAACGUGAUGCGCAUCCCUCGAAGAAGUCGCUGCCGAACGGUUUGGAACAUCACUACGUUGCCGAUGCGACACCGCGCUCGCGCAAGCCCAUACACAUGCUGGAGCCGCACGCGGAUGCGACAAGCAAAGAUGCGAUGGCGGCUGCGAGUAUAUUGCGCACGACAAAGAGCGGACUACCUUCACCUUCGUCUCAACAGCACGCAAACGACUUUUGGAAACGCUUGGAUGCUGCGCAGCAUCGCGGUCGAGACGUGCAGCGCACAUUCGCGCCGGAGAGCAACGCCAAGCCGCGUUCGGUUUCUAGCUCGCGUGUCGGCGAGUUACGCGCUUACCCUAUACCUGUUUACUCGGAGGUGCAAAAGCCACACAAGAAGCCGCAGUCGUCACCACAACCCGGCGUUGAUGAGGUGGAUAACAUUGUGUGCGGCAGUUUGCGCAUAAAAUCGAAGCCGGACAAUUCGAGUUCGAAUUACGUAGAGAUACGCAGCAAGGACUACAGCAAGAGCAGCUCCAUGCCGAACCACUACCAGCGACGUUCGGGCGAGAUACCGAACACGCCGAACAAGUAUGACGAGUACGUGGCCGAGAAGCGCGAACAGCACCACAAACCCAUUUUCACGCCUCCCACGCCACCGCAGCGCAAGCUAUCCAUACCGCCCAGCAGCGCAGCCGAGGUGCCCAUAUAUUUUCCGCGCAAGAAGCCCGCCAAUCUUGAGGAGGCUAUCAACGAGCUGGAGGCCAUCUACAAGUCACUGGGGCUCACCGAGGAGCCAGAGAAGAAGGAACGCAUACCAACGCCCAGUGAGUUUGAGAAGUACGCUUUGGCGCACGCCGACGAAUACGAUGAUGAAGAUUCGCCUGCAGGCGAGCCCGAUCCCAUACGCGACGAUGUUGCCUAUCGUAACAUGCAGCUGGCGAAUUUGCAGCACAAAACCGUGGAGAAGCAGCCGCCCUUCGGCAUACCUAUUGGCCCGGUUGUUGCAGCGCCGCAAAACGACUAUCUGCAUGCUACGUCCAUAGUGGAGCCGACCCAACCGGUGGUGGUGAAUACGCCCGACAUUAUCAAAGAUGAUUUGGCCGUGCGCGCUUUGCGCAAGGACCCGCCUGGCCCCAAGGACAAAUUCUUGUAUCCGUACAGCUCGUUUCAGAAGAAGAAUCGCGCGACGCGCACACAAUCCGCAAACAUUUACAAUCUGAUACACCGCGACGCUGCCAAGCCAUCCGGUGGUGACCUGCACUCAUAUCUGGAACUGACGCGCAACUUAGAUCGCGCCGGCAGCAUGUCGGAUUUGCGUAAGGACGAUGGCGAGACGACCGCAGAUGUUCCAGCUACACUGGCGCUAUUGCGCAACCUCAAGGAGCAAGAUCAGCAGCAGCUGGCUGCGCCAAAGAAACUCUCGAUACCUUUCCGUCAUCCCAGUCAGGGUGGCGCCAUUUGUGCGCUGCCCGAAAAGCUGCCCAGCAGCAGCGUGGCGCACAAAGAGGAAGUACACAAACCGCCUGUGCCGCUGCCGCGCAAGAGUCUCACGCCUGAGCCCACGGCGGCGAAUGCGCAAAUGGAGGACGCGCUGAAUAAGAUUGCAAUGGACGCGCAAGAGAAGUCCGUCAAGCUGACGAAGGAGCUGCAAGAGUUGCGCAAGGAAGCGCUCAUAACUGCAGCGCGUCCGCCUAAAGUCAACACUGAGGAGGAGAAGCUGGAGAAAGAUUUGCAGGAAAUUGAAGCGGUGUCGGAGGCGGCAAAGCGCUGCGGUAAAAUGCUACUAGACACCUUGCCCGAUGCGAACAGCAGUCAAGCGCUGGCGAAGCCACGCAAGUUGCACAAAGAAGGAAAACUCAUUGAGGCCAUCGAUCAAGUGUCGGAGGCGGCCAAUGCGGUAUGCGAGAAGAUAUUGAAGGACAUUGUGACCACCGAGCCGCCAGUAGUUGUACAGGAGGCGGUGCAAGUGAAGAACAUAACACAAGCCAAACAACCAGAUGAGUCUCUGGUCAUGCCAAACCUUAUCAAGAAGCUGGAUCCCAUACAGUCGAAGCAGAUAGAGGCAAUCGCUAAGCGUUGCAUGCGUCAAUUGAGCGAGCUGGCCAGCGGCGAUGACAACCCCGACUAUGACAAUCUGAAUCAGGAGCUGCAGCAGAGUGCAGCCAGCAGCGUACAAGCAUCAUCAGCAGCCGCAGCUGUUGCCACCUGUAACGCCGAACAUAUACACUCGGAGCCAGCGGCAAAAGUUGAUAAUCUUGUUUCUACCGUUGCAGAAGAAGCAGAUGCAGCGCGCGCACGUCAAGCAACGACAGCGCAGAACAUUGAGGAAAUCGAUCAGAUCAUGCUGGAGUGCGAGGCCAAAAUGCGCCAAGGAGCGACAACCGUGUCCAAAGUGUCAGCGCCACCUAUUAUCAUCGCGGAGCGUACGCUGGGCACUGCACGCCAAGGCGGCGCGACAGCGCACAGCAGUGGCGAUGAUCACACGACUGCGCCCAGCAUAACCACAAGCAGCUGCAGCAGCAGCAACAAUGCUGGCGUCGUUGGCGUCGGCGCCGGUGCCGUCAAAACCGGUGCCAGCACAACAGCCUCCUCGUUUUCCUCAUCCAGCGAUUGCCUGGCCAAAUCAUCGAGUCCCUCCGCCAGUCGACGACAAUCUUCGAGCAUUACCUCCUUCAAUCCCUACUCCUCCAGCGAUUAUAUUAAGUCACCAAGUAGUGAAUAUCAUGCACCCAGCACCGAUCCAAUAAAAACCUUCAGCACCACAUCUUACGAUGUUCCAUCGACCACAAGCGCCACACCGAACAUAAGCGCCACAACGAAUAGCACAUUCAGCUACUCGCCAUCGCCACCACCGCCAGCGCUAAAUUUGACGCCAGUCAGCGCACGCGCCAUCGCCGCUACCACAGCCACUGAUGCGGCUGCGCGUCAUUCACAAGAGCGCGCACGUACACGUUCGCUCUCCUCCCCUUCACAGUACAACUCUUCCGAGGAGUUGGCAAUGAUUUUCGGCAUUGGUGAACAAUCGUCGUCGAGGCGUUCGCGAGCGCGCGAACAACAACAGCAGCAGUCGGCACAACCGUCUACCACAAAUGUUUCAGGUAAAGAUGAUGAUCUCACUACUACUAAAUCAGUUCAUGCGCCGCCAGCGCCUGUGUCUGUACAAGUGCCAUUGACAUCAUCUAAUCAUGCAUCCGCUCUCCAUGCAUCCAUGCUCGAUACCGCUACUACUACUACUACUACCGCUGCAAAAGCUACCCAGCUACACACUAAUCCCAAUGCUGUUGCUGUUGAACUGACUGUUGCCAAGGCAUACGCAUGCGCGAAGCCAAGCACUACUAAUAAACCAGAGCAUUUGAAUGUCAUUGUUGUUGUUGAUAAUGUAAAUGAUCGUGUUAGCGUUGUUGAUGUUGAAAAUGUAACAGGAACCACUACCAAAAAGAAUCCCAUUAGUACUAGUACCAUAGCAACCAAAAACUCCUCUACCAAACCCACACACUCCGACACUAAGAGUUCACCCACUAUGUUAAGUUCAAGUAGUUGUAAGCUAGCAUCCAUACCGGAGUCCCCCCCACAAGUUGAGAGCGCGCCAAUGGAGUGUGACUCAUUAAAACUUUCACCCAAUUUUAAUAAGAUCUAUGCUAGUAAAAUAAGUAUUGUAGUUGAUAAGGUAACGGCAGAAGCAGCCAGAAUGGGCGUGGUUACACAAUGCGAUUCGUUGAGCUCCGGCGAAGAGGAAACUUCAUCCAAUCCCGACUCGGGUAAUGUCAGUUUAGCAGACUUUCCGUUAUGCGCACAGACAAAUAAUGCAUGCUUACAGCUCGAGAGCGUGUGUAAUAGUCGUUUUGAGGUUAGAAAGAAUUUCGUGAGUGAGGUAUCCAUAGUGGGCGGGGUUUCGAAGGAAGUUGAAGACGCUAGAAGUGUUGGUGAAGCUGGCGUAGAAGUUACCGAAUUUCCACCACCGCCAAGCGAAGAGGAAUUACGCGAUAGUUUGGGAGGGGAAAAGAACGAAAAUGGUUUGGGUAAUGGGGAGUGUGAGAGAGUAGAGGCUGAGCAGGAAAUUGAACGGGAAUUGAAGCGCGAAAACCAAGAAGAUGAGAGAGUAGAAGUGAAGGCAAGUGAUCAUAGUGCAAGCGAAGCUCAAAAAGAGCAUGAAACUCGAGUAGGCAGCAGGCUAGAAGUGAUCACAAAGAAGCACAGUACUAGCGACACUCAGGAGCUGGAUGAACGUAGUAAAGACAUAAGUUAUGAAACCAUCUUCAGGAACACUUCAGCUCAUGACCAAGAAGAGAUUAGCUUAGAGAAUAGAGGAGAAGGUUUUUUGGGUGAAGAGCUUUCCGAGUCUAUAGAUGAUUCAAAGUUCCAAAACAGCACGCCCAUCAAGCGCAAAAUUAGUAGGAGCGACCUACUCGAGGUCGAUGACACGCAACACUUAAUAGAAUUAGCACAGUUGGUGAGGAGUAGUGGUUCGAGAAGAAAUAGCGCAUCUGCGCCCGAUGCAGAAUGCUCCACAAGUGAAACCCAAAAUCGCGCGCCCAUCGAGUGUGCGUACAAGUCUCCAGCGCGCAUUAGCACCGAAUUAGAUCAUUUACGGCUGGCGUUUUCAGAACUUUUACAAAGAAAUUUAACAGAAGUCGAUGAGUUGCCAAGCAUUGUAGAAGAAGAGGAUGCGGUAGAGUGUUGCGUCACGGCUAGCCAAGUAGCGGGAAGUGAUGAAUCGUCGCUCAACCUCACAGAUAAAGCAUACCAAACGCUACCACCACGCAAGCGCAGCAUAGUCUUUGAGACACCGCCACUUAAUCUGAAUAUCUCUGAAGUGAAAAUUAGCUACUGUCCCACUGAUAGCCAAGAAAGUGACAGUUGUCCAUCCGAUGCUUUGACACAAAUAGCAAAAUGCACUGCCGAGGUGGAGCAACUCAAUUCAGCACUCAGCGAAUUGCCGCAGAGUGUGGCCGCCGACGGGGAGGAGGCUACGGAGGCGGAAGAAACGCGCGACGGAUUCAAACCGGCCGCACCCACGGCGACUGGUCUACUGCCUUGGCGGCGCAGAAACUCUACUUUAGUGGACGGCGAAGCUCAAGCGCUCGACGAUGAGAAGCCUUCAACCAGCGCUGCGGCGGCGAAAAAUCAGCGGCACGCCCUCUCAGUAUUCGGUGAAUUGCGUCCGGCUGCGGGGGCGGCGGCGGCGGCAGCGGGUAGCUUGACAACACUUGAACACGUGCUGUUGGCUUGUUCGUUGGGCGUUAUCACACCCACAGAUCUAUAUACAAUGUGCCUGAUCAUAAUUGGCAUGAUAACUAUAAUAGCGAUUGUUUUGUUUUGAUUGAGUGGUGGCUUCAGAUUCACUCGGCGCUUGCGCUAACGAGUUUCGAAUUAAAGCAAAUGUUGUUUUUUGUAGUUGUUGAAAAUACCUAAGCCACUUUACACACUUUGAACGUAAAAUAAAAUUGCACGUUGUUAAGUUUGGUAGAAUGAUGGAUGAGAUAUGAAGAUGAAUAAAAGGGUAGAAAAUAAAAGCGAAAUGGAAAGAAUAUUUGAGUGUUUUUUUUUUUUAUUUAGAUGAGUUCCAAUUUUGUAUAAGUGGAAAAUGCACUCACUUACAAUUACAUACAUAAAUAUUGUAUACCUGCAUACGAUUGUAUUUGUUGUUAGUUGUAGCUAUAAGGUGACCAACUAAUCAUUUUUAUAUUCUUAUUUUUUGAGUUAAUUAACAAAUUCAACCAAAACGAUUAACGAUUUAUAAAUAAAUAUAGUAAAAUUUAUCGAUACUGUUGCUGCAAUAUAUUUUUAAUUUUGAAAAAA